CCAGAGCUCUGCCGCAUCAACGAGGACCAGAAAGUGGCGCUGGACCUCGACCCCUAUGUCAAGAAGCUGCUGAACGCCCGGCGCAGGGUGGUGCUGGUCAACAACAUCCUGCAGAACGCCCAGGAGCGGCUGCGGAGGGUGAAACACAGCGUGGCCAAGGAGACAGUGCGGAGGAAGAAGGAGACAGUGCGGAGGAAGGCCAUGCUGGAGGCAGCGGGUGGCUACCCCCAGGGCCUGCCUGGCAAGUGA